AUGGCCUUGCCAACCGCAUGGAACGUUUAUGACAAAUCUACUUUUUUGAAUGUUGAGAAUGAAGGACUUAGAGUGGUUUACACAGGUCAGGAUAAAACUAGAAAUGCAGCCGCAAUACGGUCAAAUUUUCCUAUUCUUCCGAAUUGUGGAUUAUUUUAUUUUGAAGUUACCAUUGUAAAUGAAGGAGACAAUGGAAUUAUUGGAAUUGGACUGUGCACAAAAACAGUCAAUUUAAAUGUGAUGCCUGGAUGGGAGGAUGACUCUUGGGGUUACCAUGGUGAUGACGGAAAAUGUUUUCACUCAUUAGGAGCUGGUAGAGUGUAUGGGCCGUUGUUUACUACUGGGGAUACUAUUGGAUGUUGCUUGAAUUUUCUAUAUAAUAUAGUAUUCUACACGAAAAAUGGAGUACAUCUUGGAAUCGCAUUUCGAUGGUUGGAGGGUGAUCUGUAUCCUUGUGUCGGAAUGAAAUCAUAUGGAGGGUCGAUAGAAGUAAAUUUCGGGCAUAAGAAGUUUGAAUAUGAAGCGAUGAACGGUGAAGAUAUUGAUGAUGAAUUAUUAAAGGGAGGAUGGAAUAGAGUUUUAUUUCAGAAUGGUAACAAAUUGCCAAAUAGGCAGAUAGACAGGUUUGCAGAGCUAUCAGAAUCAUUACCCAUUAAACCAAAUAACAAGCUUUUAUUUAAAUAUCGAGUAAAAGCAUAUUUUGCUAUUGGAAAGCAUCAUAAAGCGCGAGCAAAUUUAGUGAAAUUAAAAUACCGGACGAAAGCAUUCUUUGUUAUGGGCAACUAUAAGAAGGCACUUGAAGAGAUAACAAAAAUAUUAGAAAUUGAACAGAACAACAUAUUCGCUCUAAAAUAUCGGGGAGAAAUUUAUCACAUGAUGGGAAAUUUUUCUGGGUCACUUGGAGACUUUGGCGAAUUGUUAAAAAUUAAUCCAAAUGAUAAAUGGGCUUACGAAUCCCUUGAAGAAGUUCAUAGAAAGUUUGUAUAUUGUGUAUUUUUAUAA